GAUACAUCCCCACAAGCCCCUUCGAAUCAUUUGUGAAACCUAAAUAUAGUUGAAGCCAAAAGUCACUGACACCCUAAAAAGGAAACUGCCAGCCAAUCUCUCUCUGUUUCUUCUCUUACCAUUCAUCAACAGAAUAAAAAUCCUGUUAUCUAUCUGUCUCUCUGUGGCUUCAGUAUCAGUUCCUGAUUGGAAAUUUUCCUUCUCAUUUAUCUUUCUAAAAGAACAUUCUUUGAUAACUUUCCCUCUUCAGCGAAGACUUGAUCUUUCUGUAUACAAAACUUUCCUGGAAAUGGAGUUAGUUCCAUAUUCAAGUCAACCAGAACCGAGAACAAGUUCCACAACUCUUCCAUGGCAAGACAUGUUCCGAUCUGCAUCAAUAAGGAAGCCUUCCCCAGUACCAGGCGACAGUGACGCGCCUCCAAACCAACCACACGCGCCACCCCAGGCACCAAACUCCACCGACCCAGAUCGCAGAAACAGCCUCUCAGGUGAUCCCCAGGUACGGUUGGCUCUUUACAUAGCCAUGGCUCAUGCUGGUCUUGCCUUCACCAUAUUCAUCUUAUAUGGAAUUUGCAAACUUUUGCAAGAGUAUCUUAGGCCAAUUCAGUGGGCAAUCCUGUGUUCAAUUCCUUUGAGAGGUAUACAAGAGACCCUUGUGGGAUUUUGGAGUGAACCUUUGAAACUAGGCGUCACUGAAACUGUUCUUGCUGUUCCUGUGGCUGUCUUUAAGGCUUUUAUAGGUACCAUUGGUGAUAUUAAGGAUGUUUGUUUGAGAGUGUUUCUUAAAAGACCAAAAUCUACUCUUUCAAGGCGGAAUAGAAGUGAAUUUUCAAAGUUAGUGAGGUGGUUAGUGUCUUUUGCUGUGUUUGUGAUUGCCUAUGAGAGAAUUGGUGGUGUUGGGUCAUUGCUAAUAAUUGUGUUGGGGUUCAUGAUUAGUACUAAAAAUGUGAAUUAUACAUUGUCUGCUUUUUCAUCAUUUAGGAGUAAUAAUUUCAGGAGAAGUGCAAUUAGUGCGUAUUUCACGCGAGGGAUAUUGAAAAGGUUGAAUACUAUUGUUGCUAUUGGAUUGAUAAUUGGUAUGAUUGUCGGGUUUAUUGCUGGACCUACAUUUUUCUCAUAUAAGAUUGGUGUUGAGGGAAAAAAUGCUGUGAUUUCGGUGAAAGCUCAUGUAGGAGAGAAUAAUUAUGCUGAGAGGAUUGGUGUUAAAAAAUGGAUGGAAGAGAAUGAUGUACCUGGAAUGGUGGAUAAGUAUACUACGCAGUUUUAUGAAACAGUGUCUGAGCAGAUUGAUAGUUUGGCAACGCAGUAUAAUUUGACAGAGUUUGUGACCGGAAUCAAGCAUUUUGUCAUAACUUCAACGACUAGUUCGUCAACGCAAUCAACAGCUUUGAUGACCCCCUCUCCUUAUACAGAGAAACUUUUGAGUUUGAGGGAAAGGGUUAGCAAUCGUGAGUGGGGACAAAUUUACACGGAAGUUGAUGCAAUUUUCAAAGAAUUGAUAAUCACUCGUGAGGAUUUGAUUGAGAAGGCUAAAGGGUUUGCUGUUAAAGGGGCAGAUGUUUUACAGCGGGUGCUUGCAAGUGGUGCAUCUGUUUUAGGUGGAGGUGCAAAAAUCAUGUUCACUAUUGGUAAUUCCAUCAUCUCUGGAGCUGCUGAGGUCUUCAAUUUUGUAUCUCAGUUGAUGAUAUUCUUUUGGGUUCUGUAUUACCUUAUCACAUCAGAAUCUGGUGGGGUAACAGAACAAGUGAUGUCUAUGAUUCCAAUAUCAAAAUCGGCUAGGGUUAGAUGUGUUGAAGUUCUUGAUAAUGCUAUUUCUGGCGUGCUUUUGGCUACAGCUGAGAUUGCAUUCUUUCAAGGAUGUCUUACAUGGCUUCUAUUUAGACUGUAUAAAAUACACUUUGUAUACACAUCAACAGUGCUUGCUUUUGUCAGCCCCUUGUUGCCGAUCUUUCCUCCAUGGUUCGCAACAAUUCCUGCGGCUAUAGAGUUACUGCUGGAAAGUAGAUACAUACUAGCAGUGACCUUCUCUGUUAUUCACAUUUUGCUUAUGGAUUAUGGUGCUUCUGAAAUUCAGGAGAAUAUACCUGGUUACAGUGCAUAUCUUACAGGGCUUAGCAUCAUUGGUGGAAUGACAUUGUUCCCUUCUGCAGUUGAGGGAGCAAUUAUGGGACCGUUGAUCACUACGGUUGUGAUUGCUUUGAAAGAUCUGUAUGCUGAAUUUGUUUUGGAAGAACCAAAGAAAAAAGACUAGAAGAAAACCAUCUCCCUCAACAGGUUUGCUUCCAUGUGGAGAGCUUAUGUAUAUUAGCACUGACUGAUUUCGAACAAUUUACAGAAACAGGUUGAUCAAAGACAAUUCUUUGCCAGUCGGAACAGUUCUUCAGCUUGCAGGGUGUGUUUAUUCAAUUAUUUAUUUAUUAUAAUAUUUCUUAUUUAGAUUGGCACUAGGUCAUUAGUUAUUUUCCCUUGAGAAACAGAUGGCAAUUCUCAUGUAUCCUUUGUGUUUAGCAGUAAUUUGUUCAAAAAGAAAGAAAAAUUUGUACAUUCUUUCCUACAUUUAACCAUGUAAGAACUGGUGAAAGCCAAUGUUUGAGUUGAGAAUAUGUGUAGUUCUUUUUUUUUUA